AUGGAUCACACGUCCUUUUCUCUUCUAAAAAAGAAAAUUUUACAACUGCAUAAUGAAAGAACUGAGAUUAUCUCUUCCUCUGUGAAGCUGUCAAAGGAGAAGAUGAUGAAAAAAGACAAUUCUUUAUUGAAGUUGCCUAAUCAGCAUAGAGUUUACAGUACUCCAUCACCCAAGAGGACAUCUUUUCCAGUUUCUGAGAAAAAGGAAACAUUUUCUAAUUUCUGCAUGACAUGAUGUGAUAAACUAUCCUACAGACGCGUAUACUCUCAAGAGUUAAAUGAACUUCAUAAAGCCUGUAAGCUUUUUAGUAAAAUUCGAAAUGGUAAGAUUAAUGUGAAUGAUCUGCCAGCGAUCCUUUGCACCUUAAGGAUUUCUAUAAGUGAUUCAGAAAUUCGACAGACAUUAAAAAGAAUUGAUGUUGAUGCAUUCCAGGAUGCUUGGAAGACAUUCUCUAAGAUAAAAGAUGGCCGAGUUUCAAUUGAUGACCUAGGUCCUGUCUUGAAUAGUAUGGGUAUUGUCGUAGCCCAUGAGACUAUUCAGAAAUUGAUAAACCAUACCUACAUUGACAGUAACAGCAUGGUGGAUAUGGGGAAUAUUGUAUUUCUUUUAAAUGAACUGAAACAACAACGUAAAAAUGUUGACAAUUUCAACCUCCUGCCGGCCUACUCGGUCAGGAGGAGGCCACAAGGUAUCAUCCUCUUUGAUAAUGUCACUGUCAUCAAUUAUCCUCUUCAGUUCUUCCAUCACACUUGUAUGUACAUAAGCCUCUUUUCUGAUCAUGACAUCAUUUUUGUAAUUGCUGUUGUUGGCAUAUCUGAAUUUCCCGUCGGGUCGGAACUCGAACUCCAAGAACUCGUGGCCGAACUUGCCCUUGUGACCGACGUAGUAACGCAGUCCUUUGAAAAAAAAAUCCUGGGCGGAAUUGAUACAGGAUCCCAGCAACCAUAUUCAGAGAAUGAUACAAACUUAAAAAGACAUUCAGACAAGGCUGUAAUUUCUGACUUGAAGUCUAAACCACAAAGCUUGAAGAGUGUUUCAAGCUUCAAAAACUCUCUGGAUAAAAGUGAUAUUUCUUGUAUCCCAAAAUUAAAGAAGCCAGCUGUCAGAAAGCACUCCAGCCCACUAAAACAGAUUUCUUAGAAGGAAAAAGUGGCAACUGACACUCUUGCAAAUAUCUGUGAAGCUGUCAGUAAACUCAAAGAAAGCUACAUUCCUGCAGAAGAACUUCGAUGCAUUCUGUCUUCUACAGGAAUCACUUUAUCAGAUAAUGAAUUCCAGAAGAUUGUGAGAGACACUACUAGAAAUGAAUUAAAAGAUGCUGCCUUUAUCCUCAGUUUGUGUGAAGGUGACAAGAUAGCUGAGAAAAAUAUGGAAGACUUCCUAAAAAAUAUUGGAAUUAAGUCACCAAAAGAAGAUGCAGAGAGAAUUCUUCAAUCAGAUAUUGUUUCUGAAGAUAAGAUGGUGAAUGUUAAAGACUGUAUGAAAGCUUUGAUGAACACCAACAAAUUUUCUAAUUUUGUAGAAGAUCAGACAGUGAGUUUGAAAGUACUGAUGGAUAAAGCAAAAGCUUUUACAGGAGAUGGAAAAGUGUAUAAGAAAAGACUGCUAGACAGUGUCAAGGCUCUCAAAGGGAAAAAAAUAUAUGUUGAUAAGCUGGAUAGUCUUAUGGAAAACCUAGAAAUUGGGCUUGAUAAAGAGGAACAUGAUGACCUACUGAACUGUCUGCCAGUUGAUAAGGAUGAAAAGGUUGAUUUGAAAGUGGUGAUGGAUAAUGCAAAAGCUUUCACAGGAGUUGGCAACGUUUUUCACUUGUCUCUCACCAUUAAAGCUAAGAAUUCUUUCAUCCUGAGAGCACUAAGUCAGAUCAAAAUCAUGACCAAGGAGAAGAGGAGAAAGCUUUUAGCUGCUGGAAAAGUGUAUAAAAAAAGACUGCUAAAAAGUGUGAAGGCCCUCAAGGGAGUAGAAUGCUUUGUGGGAAACGUGGGGAUUAUGCCCAAGGAUAAGGAACGUGAGGAACUAAUGAUGCAGCUGCUGCCUGAUGGUGAGUGUUAUCGACAUCACUGUGCCCUUCAGAGAUACUUGAAUUCUAUUAGAACUGUAGAACGUGACCUUUUCUGGUGUCGAAUGAAGUAA